CCGAAGAACAGAGUGCAAAUUUGCAAAGAGGAAAGAAGGACCUUUUCUUUAAUUUCUUUUAAAAAAAACAGUCAUGGUUUGGAAAAGCGCACUUGCUGCUUUGAUUCUUCAUCUAAUUUCAUUGUCAGGGGGACAGAUCAUUGAUCCUAACUUACUGAUAGAAACAUCCUUCCCUCCAGCCAGACCUUCGUAUAACAAUCUCAACGCAGCCUGUCUUUACGGAAACGGUCGUCCCCGACAUCCUGCCUUCUGUUUCCCUAUGAACAGUUACGCGUACACUCAGCGCGCUGGCAAAGCAGUGAACAGAAUAGAGUCUUGGUUGGGUCAGUGUUGCUAUGCCGGUUUGGCCUUUGGAGCUAGACAGAUCCUCUGCUGCGCGAAACAAGCAUGGAAAACUGCCUUGUCCUAUUUCUGCAUUGAGGAAUAUUCCACUAUGACUUUGGUUCAUGAGUGCUGUGAGAAGAAAGGAGAAGAACGGUGGAAGUGCUUUGAAAAACGGGCUCCUAACCCUUCCUACCAACCAGUGUGUGGGUACAUCGCUCCCCCAAUACCACCAGACGAUAUUUUCACCUGGGACCCCAAAACAUGUUAAAGAUCUUAUUGCCAUGUGUUUUUUAUUUCAUUUAGCAGCACACAAACUGCGUCAAUUAAUCAACUGUAAAUCACAAGAGUCAGAAUAUAGCAUCAGUACUUUUAUUUUGUAAUACACGUCAAAGUUGAAGUUCAAAACAAAGUGCGCAGAGUGAAGCCAAAGGGGCCGAAGGAUAUAAAGGAUUGAUUGACAUUUGAUUUUUGCUUUGGGAAAAUAAUUUGUGAUAUUUCAUUUCACAUUGUCUGCAUGACAGAUGUCUUUGGGGGAAAAGAUCACGAAUAAAUCACAGAUCAUAAAUAUAGCUGCCCUUCUGUCUGAUUUUUGGGGUAAUUUAUUUUUCCAAAGAAUCAUUGAAAUCAUAUAGGUUUUGUUACUGCCUUCAAAAGUGAAUGAAACACAAUUAC